CUAUUACAAAUCUCAUAGCUGCUUUUGUUGAAGUUUGGCUUAUUUUUGAAGUCAGACUCCUGCUUUUUGUUGGUAUAUUCGAGAAUAUUUUUGCUUCCUGUCAACUUUUUACGUUUUAAAAACGUUUAAAAGCUUUCGAAAUUGCCCUUAUCGUAUCAACAUUUGGUAAGCUUUAUUAAACCCCAGAUUUGAGUUGCAGAGCGAAACCCCAGAAACCCCCAUAUCCCAGUCCCUCAACACACCCUAUCAUACAAGUCAUCACCCGGUGUCUGAUACCUGACCCCGGCCCCUGUCAUGUUCGUAUAAAGUAUAUAAUAGUAUAUUCAAACCGUCAAUCUGGUGGCACACUACACCCACCAGUACCACUUAUAUGAGGAAUAUUCAAUACAUCCCAAUACGCUGUAUGUGCCUAUAUAACCCUCACUUCAACACGCACCAGGUAGCCAAUAGCCGAACUGAGCCGUGUUUAUAAUGUGUUUAACAGGGUACAGCUCCAGUUGAAACAGCAGCUAUAGGGGGGUCCCCGAAUUUAAAUAUAUCAUAUCCGAGAUGAAACCCUGCAUUAGUACAGCACUACACUUAUAGCCAGAGCGUCAAGGAGUGUCAAUGUUUGCACUGUUCUGAUUCUUUCGUCUCUUUAUACUCCUCGCUGUAUAUCUCGUUAUAUUUUGUAAAUCGAGCCUGAUCGUGAAAUCAUGCUCCCGGCCUCAUACUUCCAGUACCCGUACUCAAUGCAUGAGAACAUGGCGACGAACAGCAGUGCGGUCCCCAUGACGUCUCCAGGACAACACACCCGGACCCUAUCAGAUGAAGAGGAGGGUAUCACCCCCACAGAACCUAAACUAGUGGAACUGAUGAGCAGGACUGGGUACCCCAUCUCCCAGACUAACGGACAGAGGAAGUACGGACCCCCUCCAGAUUGGAAGGGGUGCCCUCCUAAGGGAGCUGAGGUAUUCGUGGGUAAGAUCCCCAGGGAUGUUUACGAAGAUGAGCUAGUUCCUCUCUUCUCCCGACACGGGAGGAUCUACGAAAUGAGGCUCAUGAUGGACUUUAAUGGGAACAACAGGGGUUAUGCGUUCGUCGUCUUCUCAACAAAGAAAGAGGCCCAGAAUGCUGUGAGGAUGCUGAACAACUAUGAGAUUCGCAGAGGAAAGAAUAUCGGGGUUUGCCCAAGUGUGGACAACUGCAGACUGUUUGUGGGAGGGAUUCCUAAGACUGUGGUCCGGGAACAGAUCCUUGCUGAGAUGCAAAAGAUUACUGACGGAGUCCAAAACGUUAUAGUCUAUCCAAGUGCGAAUGACAAGAGCAAAAACCGAGGAUUCGCUUUCGUUGAGUACGAUUCUCAUCGCUCAGCGGCUAUGGCCAGAAGAAAGCUUCUUAGACAGAUUCCCCAACCCUUCACAUUGUGGGGACACUCUAUUGCAGUGGACUGGGCAGAGCCAGAGCUGGAGGUAGAUGACGACAUUAUGCAACAGGUGAAAGUCCUGUACGUGAGAAACCUACACAUAGACACCCAAGAAAGCACCAUAGCAGAAGUGUUCCAGAAGAUUGCCCCUGUGGAGCGAGUCAAGAAGAUCAGAGAUUACGCGUUUGUGCAUUUCACCACGAAGGAGGAUGCCAGAAAAGCAAAGCAGGCUAUUGAUGCCACAAAAAUUGAUGGGUGCGAAGUUGAGGUGACUCUAGCUAAGCCAGUGGACCGUGAAACAUACGCCAGACACACGAGGAACAAACUAAUGAUGAACCCUACCUCGGCCACAGCCGCUGCAGCUGUAGCCUCAAUACCUCAACUCAACCCCUACGCUCAGUAUGGGUUGAGUAUGAACCUCCCCACAGCUCUAGCCUAUCAGCCAUUCGUCCUCCCUAAUGUAAACCAGCUGCAACCUCAGAACUUCAGCACUGCCUCCCAUGUUCAGCAGCAGCAGAGUCCUGGAAUGAGGUUAUUAGAUAACACAGGACGAGGCAGGCCGCUGAGAGGAGCCGCAGGGAGCAGGGGAGCCAGAGGAGCCUACUCAGGGUCCACCAGCACCAGCAGUCACGGCAGAACACCAUUAUACGGGGUCCCUGCCUACUGGUACGAUCCUAAACGGAAACGAGGCUUAGACGGACCUGAGCGGAUGUUUGAUCUAAUCCCCGGGAUGGAACUCACACCUGCGGCCCCCGCUUACACCCUCAAACCCCCAGAGAGUGCAAAGUCCCCAAUCCAGGUUUUGCAAGACGUGGCCUCCAAAAACAACUGGGGCACUCCUAAAUAUGAGCUGUUUAGUGUAAAGGUGCAGGACUGGCCCAGUUUGUUGUACCUUUACAAGGUUUCAUUUGCAAACCUACCCGGAUACCAGUCCGUCCCCAACAAGAUAUGCAAGACCCCAGAAGAAGCUGAGACUUACGCAGCUGAGUACACCCUCCAACAGAUGAACUGUAGUCUAGAUGACACCACAGAAAUUGAAAACAGACUCCACAAAUUUGGUUUCAAUGACAUGUGCCCCGUAGGCUCGCUGCUAAUGGCCGCCCCUACCCAGCAACAAGCUGCUUCCGCAGCAGCUGCCCAGGCUGGCAUGGUACAGAUGUUUGCUUACCCUGACCUCAACCAGGCAGCCCUCUUCCAGCAAACAGCUCUAGAUCCCGUAGCUUAUGCUGCUGCAGCCUCGGCAGCCUCUGCUUACGGGCUACAGCCACACCAGCUGCAGCAGUUUUAAAAGGGCUGAAGUUGCCGGCAACGGUCUAGCUUCCAGGAGAAUGGUGAGAAGAUCGUUUUGGUAAUUAAGCCGGCACGAAGGGUAGAGUAAGUGUUGGGGACAACACUUUGUCAGACAUAAUACUGUAUUAUUAAACAUAUUCAGUGCAGCUGCGGGUAAACUAAAGCCUUUAUCUUUUAUCGGUUUUAAACUGCAGUAUAUUGUUACGUUCUAAGGCAUAUAGGUUUCAUCAUUUUUGAUACGAUUAAUAAUGAUGUGUGUAAAUACUAAAUAGCUAUAAAGUUUGGUUGUUGCGUGCACAUGUUACGUGCACAUGCACGUGCACGCGGUGAAAAUAUAGGUCUAUGUUGUUGUGAAUUGUGAAUUUAUGGGAAGUUCAAUGUGUUAACUGUUGCUGUUAAUAUGUGUAGUUGGGAUGUCAACAAGAGCUCCCCGCCGAAACUUUGUAAGUUUUUGUGUAUAGUGCAACGUCAGAUCCAAUGAUACAAGAGUGUGUUACCACAGUAACAGGGCUGUUGCCAGGGAUUUCAAGUGUGUUGUUUGGUAAUCCCGGUACCUGUGCUACAGUUACCUGAUCUAUUGAUUCAAGCUGAUUUCACAUUGAUUGUAUCACCGAUUCCUUGCCGUCUUGCAACAGGAAGUAGGAACACCAACCACUAAAAAUAGCUUCAUCACUAUUCGAACUCUAGAUUAAACCUCUCCAUUUUAUGCCAUGACAUUCGCAUUCUUUUUAUUUAUGGCCAACAACCUUUCGUAUGAUAAAAUUUCUGUUUUGCAUACGUCAGAGCUACAAUUCAGUAAAAGAUUGAGCACUAUUUCCACCAGAACGCAUCACUUACCCCAUGUUCCAUACUGAUAGUUGUCUCUGUUGAUGUGCAAGGAAGAGGUGAACCGUAACAUUGUAAAAAGCGCUGGCGCAUAAAAUUAACACAAUUACCAAGCGAUUAUUAGUGCAAUUAAAUCAUAUCUUGAUUUGUGAGGUUUUAACCGUUUGAGAGAAGUCUCCACAUUUUUGUUUGUGUUUAUUCCAUCCAACUAUCUGGAGUUGACAUUUUAUUGUUGAGAGGUCUAAAUUUUUAGAUGUUGUAGACCAUUAAGUUUAGUUAAUAAUGCAGCGGAUUAUUUGGUAUUUUCCUCUUCUUUCCAGGGGUUAUGAUAUAUGUAUUGGCCGGACGGCUAUGCAGUGAAAACAACAUUUCAGAAAAAAAAGUAAUAAAUCUUAUGGUUUCUCCAAUUAAUGUAAAUACCAAGUGUUCGUGAAGUUUUUGGAAUUUUUCAGAAGACAUCUGCAUAGCCGUCUUGAUUUCUGACUGUUGUUAAGUCCCUUCAGUAUAAACAUAGCAUUACCUGCUAUUUUACACCGGGGACAGUUCAACUGCGUAUUAAAGUGUGUGGAUUUUCUAUAACAGCUAUACUUAUUGCAGAGGAUUAACUAAUUAAUUAAUUAACUAAUUAAUUAAUUACCACCUUGACCAAUGACCAUGAGUACAGUACUUGGAUAACGAUGAGUAUAUUCGAUUCUCUGCAAUAAAAUAUUUAUGAAUAUUUCUUAGUUUAAGUAAAAAGUGCGCAAAGUUAUUUCAUCAUAGAUACACGAUAGAUGACGCUGUAUUGAACGUGAUAUUUGAAAGAUUUUGUAAGUAUUUAUUUAAAAGAGUACUAGGAUGGUCAAAUCAGGCAACGAUAACUUAUAAUAAAAAUCAACAAUCAGCUAACUAACUUAGAGAAUCAACCUUAUUUAUCCAAAUUUUCAGGAAUUAAACUGAUUUACUCUGCUUUCUUUGUGGGAUUGAUGCUUCCUCGACCUAAACCCAAAAAUGACCUUAGUCUAUUUGCUAUACAGAACUAGGACCAUACAAUGAUAGAUAGUAAACAAUAUUCCUCUAAAUCUAAUAAACCGCGAGCUUUAGUUUAUUUUGAUUCACAACCCACCUUACCAAGGCCUCUUCAGAUUUCCCAAGCGUCAUCCCCAAAGGGGUAGAGUUUUAAUUUGAUGAUGUGACAGAACUUAGAGAAUAUAAUAUAGACUGGAAACCCGUCGAGCUUUCUAGAUAUUUUGUGUCGUUAUAUGCCGAACGUGGUUUCUCGAAUAUUAAUUGCUUUCAUUUGCCGUAUAUUGAAUUCAUUAUAGAAAAUCUUUUUGCAUUGUACUUUGUUUUUUCAUUAAAAUUAAAACGAAGAAAAAA